CAUUUACACACAUUAAAAAAAUAUUGACAAAAUUCCGGAAUUUUUCGUUCUAAAUUCAACAGCAAAAUUAAAAGACGCUGCGCACGGCUUCUUAAGUGAUUUUGUUCCAUUCGAUAUCAACUGCAAAACAAACUUCCUGAAUAGUGCCAUAAGUUGGGGUUUCUUGUUCCGCUGAAACCAACUGUGCGUCUGAGUUUCCACGUCCGUUUAGGGACUUGGUUGUUUGCGAGAACUGAAAAUAGGUUUCUUCUCUCGUCUAUUAAAAAUGGCAACUGGCUAUUAUGGAUCAUCUGGGCAACUGCAGUCCUCUCGUAAUGAGAAGCAGUCAACGAACGCGGAUCGUCCAAAACGGUGCGCAGCGCCAACUGAAAGAGGUAGCGAAACUAGCAUGAGAAAACUGAGAUGUUCAAGAAGUCGAUUCGACGAAAGCGAUGACGAAAUAUCUGGAUUGGAAAAUGUGCUCAAUCACGAUUUUAAGCUAAUGGUGAGCGUAACUCCCAAGCCUGAAGAGGCAUUCUGUCCAAAAUCGUCAGACUAUCAGCUGGCCUCGCAUUGGUACAAGAAACUAAUCAACUGGAAUUGCCGCACACUUGAACAGAUGCGCUUGCGGCACCGGUACAUGAGUCACCUGAGCGUCUGUUUACAUAAGAAGCGGCUGACCGGUAUUUUCAAAGAGGUGCCCAGCAUCGAACUGACUUGGGUUGACUUUACACAAAUGAACAAUACUUUUGGUGCAUGUUGUACAGCAACAAUGACCAGCUCGGUUGCCUGGCAGAAUAUGGCACUAAUGAUGCUGCCACAACAAUUGGCAAGAUCACCUGGUAGCUGUUGCGAACAGCCGGCCAAAUCGGAGCAAUCGGACUCUCGCUCUGCCGGCGGCAGCAACAUGCGAAAGCUUUCAAAUAAGCCCGCACACAAAGUCACAUGUAAAUUGAAGCCGAAACUUGUGCCGAGACAUUUGGCUGGAUCGGAGGACUUGCAGAAAAGUCAACAUGACUCUGCCGAUAGCCAGGCGGCUUCUAGUGGUCAACAGCAUCAUUGGCCCAUAGACGAGCAGGCGCGCACGGAUAUGAAGUAUCUUUUAGAAGUGAUCAACAAGGAAUUGCGAGGCCAGCAGAAUAAGGAGACGGAUGAAUAUCUGGAGCUGGAGAUGCGGCGCUAUCGUGACUUUUACGCACGCCAUAGGCAUAAUGAUCCUGACUUAAAGGCCAAUGUGGCUGCGGGUCCACAAAAAGAGCGAAUCUUCAUGCUUAUCAAUAUGAAAAACGAUUUGGUCAAGUUAUUGUCUGAAUGAGAAAUUCAAGCGCCAAGUUUUUGUCUUUUGUAUGUUAUUGUAGCUGAACAAUAAAGUUCUUCAUGUUCUAUGGCAAAAUGACCAA